AUGUCAAUCAGGGACCACCCCAUCAUCGAUAGCCACAUCCAUCUUUGGCCCGCUUCAGCAGCAGACCAAGAUGGUCACGCAUGGAUGAGCGACCCUGAUUUCGUUCUCUCGAAACAACAUAUCCUUUCCGACUACACGGCGGCCUCAUCGUCAAACUCGCCCGCUAGUGUAGUGUACGUAGAGACAGAUCGUCGACUCCAAGACCCGUCUUCAUCAGCUCUAGAGACUUGGGCCGCAGAAGCCAUCAAGGAGCUGCAAUUCUUACGAAGUAUUGUCGAGGGCGAUUAUGGUACCGAAGCCUCGAAUCUGCUCCAAGGCAUUGUCUCAUGGGCUCCUGUACAUCAAGGGCCAGAAGUGUUUUCCCAAUGGCUAGAUAUGGCCGAACAGACUACUGGAACGGAGACUUGGAAACGCGUAAAGGGCUUUCGCUUCUUGCUACAAGCCAUCACUGAUAAGACGGAGUUUGAGAACUUGGUCUUGAGCGAUGACUUUAUAGCAAUUCUAAAGUCGUUCUCUUCACGAACGAAUAAGUUCUCUUUCGAUGUAGGGAUUGAUCAACAGAGUGGAGGUGUCUGGCAGUUGGAAGUGUUUACCAAAGUCUUGGAGAAACUGUACAACAAUGUUGCGCAAGACGAGAGAACAGUGUUGGUGUUGAAUCACAUGUGCAAACCAGCUUACACGUCUGAAUCUCCAGACUCUUUCUCUCAGUGGAGGAAUUGUAUGCAAAACUUCGCUUCGUACCCUCGAGUCUACUUGAAGCUCUCGGGUGCCUUCUCGGAGCUUAGCAAAGACGACUCGCCUGUUGACUCUGCAGAUGCAAAAGAGUUGGCAAAGAGAAUCGAGCCAUGGACGGAUGUGGUUUUUGAUGCUUUUGGUCCGCAGAGACUCAUGUUUGGUAGUGACUGGCCCGUGUGUAAUGUCAAGGGUCCGGAGGGAGAGGGGAGCUGGCCCGUGUGGACGAGUGUUGUUGAGGAGGUGCUGAAUCAACGCAAUUGCUCAGAAGAGGAAAAACAAAGAGUUUGGAAUGGAACGGCAAAGGAAGUUUAUAGGAUGUGA